CUACAACCUGUGUUGCAGGGAGAAAACGAGAGAAAAGAAAAUGAGAAUAAGAGAAAAGAAAGAAAUAUAGAAACGUGAGAGAGAGAGAGGGUGAACGUUUGGAAGAAGAAAGGCCAAACGUGGAGUGUCGGAGUUCGCCGGAGAAGGAAGAACACUGCAGGUCUCUGUCGGACGUUGUCGUUGGAGGAAACCGCUGGGCAGUACUCACUGUUCUACGCAGCCGCACCGGAUCUCCAGUCUCGUCGCCAGUACAAUCUUGCAACGCCAAGUGAGGUAACCCUCUGGAAACAUACGUUAUUAAUUGUCUCGACGAUUACGUAAAGAAGGCGGCCGUAUCAAUGUCUUAAUACGUUAGAACAUAACUGGGUUUAUAAUUGGUAAUAAUAAUAACAAACAUUUAAAGUUCGGACGUUUCCUUCUUGCUGAUAUUGGACCGUGCGACAGAAGUAAUAAUAAUUUGUUAAUAAGAAUAGCACUGCUAAUGUUAAUAAGGUUAAUAAUAAACUAAACUAAAAAUCAGACCAAUUAUUAGUAUGUAUUACGUGGACGUACUAUUGAAAUUGGAUUAUAACAAAUAGUGAACGGACUAAAUUAUCAUUCAUGCACUGAGUUCAAAACGGAAUGGUGAAACCAGAUUAAUUUGAAUAACAAAUGGAUAAUAAUAAUAAAAUAAAAUGGAGGGAUUGUUAGUUAUAAAACCAAUGGCGAUCUCUCGAGGUAGACGACGUUCGGAAAUUGAACAAUAAUCAAUAACAAUUUGAGAAAAGACGACGUUCGAGGAAGGAGACGUUCGUCCCUACGAGGUAGAAGACGUUCGUCCCUACCGACGUUCGUCCUUAAAUUAAUGGUUGUUUAGCUUUUGCGACGUUCGUCCUCUCCGACGUUCGUCCUCACUAAUAUUAUGAGUAGAGUAAAUUAAUGGCUGAAUUAAAAAUACAAAAUGUGAUUAAUUCGAAUAAUUAAUUAAUAAAAUUAAUUAAUAAGUUCGAAUAAUAAAAUAAAAAGGAAAAAAAAUUAUUAUUGGAAUAUAAUAAGUGAUUAAUUAUACCAUCUUAAUUAAAAGGUGAAUAUUUAGAGGCCGGAACAGAAGAAGAGAGAUAAGAGCAUCGGAUUAGAGAAGAACAACGAGUUGGCGUUGCUGUUUAUUACCUGCAUGGAGAAGCAGAUAAAUGGUGGAUUAAUGUGGGACCAGGAUUACGCGCACAACCAGACUUCACUUGGGAACGCUUCAAGCGUGCACUGCGGAAAAGAUUCUACCCGCCACAUGUGCAGGCGGAAAAUUAUGACAAGUUUCUGCAUCUAAAGCAAGGGGAGAUGACGGUGCAAGAUUACCACUCUCAAUUUGUCUCGCUAGCGGAGUUUGCAUCAUCACUAGUACCCGAUGAGGAGAGCAAGGUUGAGAAGUUCAUCAGGGGACUUAAUUAUGACACUCAGAAGGCUUUGAGUGUGCAAGAAUGCCAAACACUGGAUGAUACCUAUUAUAGGGCUGCUAAACACUAUCGGGUGAUUCAACUCCAAAGAGAAGCUCACAAGAAAAUCCGAAAGAAUGAGGAGGAGAAUAAAGCAAGGGAGAAGAGGUUCAAAACUCACCAACAUGACCAACAACCUACGUGGAAGAGAGAAGAUCACCCACAAGAGGGAAAGAGAUUCCCUGGACAGGGUCCAAGGCAAGAGCAACGAUACGUGCCAAGAGACAGGCACUACCAUUGCAAGUUGUGUCAAAGAGAUCACCCGGGGGUUGACUGUGAUGGAAAAGUGGUGAGCUGUUUCACUUGUGGGAAGAGGGGACACCGAGCAUUCGAAUGCCUAAACAAAGGAAAUGCGAGUCAUCAAAACCAAAGGCCUAAUCAAGGAGGUGCAAACCAAGGCGGAAAUCAAGGAGGAGAUAGGCCGAGAAAUCACGACAAUAACAACCGAGACCGUGAUGCCAACCAAAAUAAGAACCAGAACCAAGGCGCAGGCAAUCAAGGAAAUCAGGGCCGCAUUUACGUAAUGAACCAGGCACAAGCCAGGGCCCAUGACGUGGUUUCAGGUGAAUAUUUAGAGGCCGGAACAGAAGAAGAGAGAUAAGAGCAUCGGAUUAGAGGUAAGUUCCAUGUCAACCAAAAUGCAUUUUAUCUCGUAUUAUAUGUAUGAAUAUGUAUUUGUGCUAUUUGACUAUUUGUUGAGUGAUUUAUGAAUAAGUUAUGCUUUUGCUAUGUUGCACUGUUGAAUAACUUUGGGGGAAGUUACGUGAGUAGUAAACCCCUGUAAUUUUUUUAGAAAUUAAUAAAGAUGAAAUGAUCCUUUUUAAUGUUAGGGCAUCACGGGAGAAAUCCGGGGUGUCGGUGUCCUCCACGACCUUGACUGUGGAGAGGGAUUAGGGCUGCUAUUACUUGUUACUCAUAAAGAAUUGUUAUAUCGGUGUCCACGACCAUGACUGUGGAGAAUGGUUAUAUCUUAGAUUCGGGCAAAAGACCCUGUUAUUCAGUAGUAGCAGUAACCUAGUCACUUAUAUAUGGUAAUCCCUUUUUGGUGGAGUAGGGGGACGUUGACGUCCGAACUACUUGGACUUCUUACUACCCGUAGGGCUUGGAAUCCCUUUCAGGGGGUGUGCACACUUAAGGUAGAUGUUCAGUUUCCUCAGGUUAGAAGUGGUACCGGCGAAAGUCCCGGGGUGGCCGUACAUAACAACGGACCAUCGGGCUCAAUAAAAUGUUGAGUACCGCCCUUCAAAUUUACUAAGAGUUUAAUAUAAAUUACCUUUUUAAAGACAUUGUUCGAGUAUUAGAAAAUUGUUUUAUGAAAAGAAAGUGCGUAUCAUAAGUUUUAC